AGUCACUGCUGCCGGUUUGGACUAAAGUGUUCUUGGCAGUAACAGUGGAGAACAUCAUCAGAGAUCGCUGAAGCCUCACAGAGGGCUCCCCGUUCUGGGACGUGAGCAGCUUCCCUUGCAGAUUGGAUCUGUGUUUAAAGCAGAGGCAAUGACAUUUAACCCGCUGCAAAUCGCUGGACUGGUUCUUGGGUUCUUCGGCAUGGUGGGGACUCUGGCCACAGCACUUCUGCCUCAGUGGAGAGUAUCAGCUUUUGUUGGCAGCAACAUUAUUGUCUUUGAAAGGAUCUGGGAAGGGCUCUGGAUGAACUGCAUCCGACAAGUCAAGGUUAGGUUGCAGUGCAAGUUCUACAAUUCUUUGCUGGCUCUCCCAUUUGACCUGGAAGCAGCCCGUGCCCUCAUGUGUGUAGCUGUUGCCUUAUCUCUGAUUGCUCUGCUUAUUGGCAUCUCCGGCAUGAAGAAGAUUCAGUGCAAAGACUCUAACGAGAGGGUUAAAGCAUAUCUUCUGGGGACUUCUGGAGUCCUCUUUAUCCUGACGGGCAUCUUCGUUCUCAUUCCGGUGUGCUGGACAGCCAAUAUCAUCAUCAGGGAUUUCUACAACCCAGCCGUCCACAUAGGUCAGAAACGAGAGCUGGGAGCGGCACUCUUCCUUGGCUGGGCAAGUACCGCUGUCCUCUUCAUCGGAGGGGGUCUGCUUUGUGGGUACUGCUGUUGCAACAGAAAGAAGCAAAAGAACAGAUAUCCAGCCGCUGAGCAUCCUGCGCCACACACAGAUAAGCGACCACAGAAUGGGACAGUGCUUAGUAAGACCUCCACCAGUUACGUCUAACACCUGCUUUUCACUCAAACUGUGGGUUAUGAUCAGUGUGUUUUAUAGAGUCUUGCCAGAAACUGUAAGUACAUCAGGCAGGAGAACUUGCUUUACGACUGUUUUUAAAUUGAGAUGAAAAGUUUAAAAGGCAUAUAGAUUGUAGUCACCUGUGAUAGGAAUAAAAAUGACUUGCUUUAGACAUUCUGACCUCAUGUGUAUUAAAUGCAUUUACUAUUACUGGACUCAAAUAAUAAUCCCCGUUCCAAUUUGUGUAAUCUAAAAUCAAGUAUGUCCAUAAUCCUUAGUAUAAUGAUAGACUCUUUUUUUGUCCACAACCAUAUAUUAUCUGUUAAGAAAUCCGAAUUCUAUUGUAAUUCAUAAGCCCUAGCAA